AUAAUAAAUAAAUAACAUAAACUAUUAAACUUCGAAUAUUUUUCACACAUUCCAUACUUGCCCUUUCGUCAGGAUGGAACUAAGAGCCCGCGAAAAUCUGGGCCGGGCCCAAGACCUAAGCCCUCCCGUCCCACCCGUCGCCGCCGCCCUCCACGGCUCCUUCCUCUCCUCCAACUGCUCCUCUUGCUUUCGUCUUCUUUCUUCCCGAAAUACCCCUCCUUAUUUGAUUUUAUUCCCAUCAUGCCCCUCUUGCAACGCCUCCAUCCUCUACUGCUCCCCCUCUUGCUCCGCCUCCGAUUCCCCCCUCCACGUCUCCUCCGGCGAGUGCCGCCUCCUCUCCACCUCCCCCCACUCUUGCACCUCUGACCUCCGCCUCGCCCUUCGCCUCCUCCACUCCCUCGGCUCCGAUCCUCUUCCCACUCCGCCUGCUCGUAUUGGCGGGUUGCUAGCUAGCGAUCUCGACGAUGAGGGUGAGAUCGCGGAGAGAAUUAGAGAAGGAGCCACGCUGAUGGCUCGCGCGAGAAACGGGAAAUUGGAGGGAGAUAUUGACACUACGGCCGAGAAGGCUGCGUUGUGGGCGGUGCUAAGGAACGCCGUGGAGGUGCAGGUCGGCGGCUCCGCCGCCGCUGGGGUCGCCAUCUACGGGCCAAUGUUCUCGUGGUUCAAUCACAGCUGCUCGCCCAACGCUUGCUACCGGUUCGAGUUUUCCUCCCGGUCCGAACCCGAACCCGGUUCGCUUGAACCGGGUUCUCUCCGAGUUUUCCCCUUUGGACCCGAACAGGAUGCAGAUGCGUGGAAAGCAUGGCUUUGCAGUGAAAGUCAAUUGUUAAAUGGAUUGUGUGGAGAUGGUCCUCAAGUUAUAGUGCGUAGCAUAAAACCAAUCAAGAAAGAUGAGGAGGUUUGCAUUACAUAUGUAGACCUACUGCAACCUAAGGUAGCAAGGCAUGCUGACUUGUGGUCAAAGUAUCGAUUUGUUUGCGCAUGUGUACGUUGUAGUGCUUCACCGCAGCAGUAUGUAGACCGUGUUAUCAGUAGUGACUUGAGAACCUUAAAUUCAUGUGACGAUGAUGUUGAUACCAAACUCAAAGAGCUUGCUGACUUCUUAGACCAAGUUAUAGAUAAAUACUUGGAAGAUGGAAAUUCCCAGGUUUGCUGUGAAAUGGUUGAGAGCAUGCUUCUUUCUGAAAGCUUUGGAGACAAACACAAAUUUAAGCUACACCCAUUCCAUCACCUUUCUCUUAGUGCUUAUAUUUCACUUUCUUCCACCUAUAAAGUCCUCGCAAAUGACUUUGCUGAGGUAAACAUAAGCUUAAACUUCAAGAUGAGCAGGGCUGCCGCAUCAUAUGCUUUACUGCUUGCAGGUGCUACAAACCACUUACUCUUAUCUGAUGUUUCUUUGAUAGCAAAUGCAACACUUUUCUGGAUAAAUGCAGGAGAAGCUAUUUUAGAUCUUGUUAAAAGCUUAAAAUGGGAAUCAGAUAAAGCGGAAUAUUGUAUUAAUGUAACAAGUCCUUCUGCAUCAUGGAAUGAGUUUGAGGAAACAUCUGUUUGGUGUUCAAACCGCAUAUCCGGCACUCUUAUUAACACAUGGCCAUUUUUGGUCGAAGGUUUUCCAUUCUUGGAGAAAAUAGAGCAUCCUUUAAACUUCACUUGGCUUGGACUGCCAAAGUCCGGCGGAGAAGUUGAUGAUCCAAAUUCCAGGAAACUUGACUUACAUUUUGAAUCUCAAUUCAAGGCCAGUGUAGUUACCAUUGAACCAGAGAGGAGAAACUUAUUCCAAGUUGCAACUUUGUGCCUCUAUUAUGGAAGAUACUUAGCAAGCAUUUGCUAUGGUCCAAAGUCUUAUUUGCUUGAUCAUAUUAAUCAUCUUCUUCUGAAUGCCUGAGCUUGUUCAUGCUUUGAAGGUUUUCAGAGUCCAAUUCAGAGGAAUCUCUCUCGGCUUCGAAUUUUUCAAAUUCAGGAGCAACAUAGUGAUACUAUCUAUCUGGUGAGGAAUUUUCACUUAUGGUUCUGUUGUUUUUACUCUACUUGAUUUAUGGUUUUCCUUUAAGUGAGCAGGAUCAUUUCAUUCAUGAAGUUUUAUAAUAAGUGCAUUGUUUAUGUGGUUACUUUGGUUUGUUAAGGUGUUCAUUAUCAUUCCUCAUUGCUGUCAUGGUCCCAAAUUUCUUUAAGUUUUUCUUUUGCUGAUAGUGGCCUGUCAAAUUAUGUCUGCAACUUUAGUGUUUGCAGUUAUCCAUUGGAGAUAAUUAGUGGGGUUUCAAUUCAACUAAAAAACAUGGUCACUUAUUAAAGUUCAACUCAAUGUUUCUUUAGACACAAUUCAUUUGUCUGUAUUUAAU